GCCCCCGCCGCGGCCAUGAUAGUGUUUGUCAGGUUCAACUCCAGCCAUGGUUUCCCCGUGGAGGUUGAUUCGGACACCAGCAUCUUCCAGCUCAAGGAGGUGGUUGCCAAGCGACAGGGAGUUCCAGCUGACCAAUUGCGUGUGAUUUUUGCAGGGAAGGAGCUCAGGAAUGACUUGACACUGCAGAAUUGUGACCUGGUGCAGCAGAGUAUUGUUCAUAUUGUUCAGAAUCCGCAGAAGAGUAGUCAGAAAAAGGAUGAGGCAGAAGAUAACUGUGCUGGAGGUACUCUAAAAGGCUUGGAAAGAGAACCUGAAAGUCUAACUCGUGUGGAUCUCAGUACCAGCAUCCUCCCAUCACUCUCUGAAGGGUUAGCUGUUAUUCUGGAUACUGCAAACAAAAGCAUUUCUCUUCCCUGUGACAAAUCAGGUGCUGCUAGUUACAACAGUUUUUAUGUUUUUUGCAAAAGUUUCUGCCGGGCUGUGAAACCUGGGAAACUGAGGGUCCGCUGCAGUGUAUGUAAACAAGGGACACUGACUUUGGCAAGGGGUCCAUCUUGCUGGGAGGAUGUGCUGAUUCCAAACAGAAUUACAGGUGUUUGCCAGUCCCAAAGGUGCAAUGGAAACAUAGCGGAGUUUUACUUUAAGUGUGGAGCACACCCAACCUCUGCCAGUGAAACAUCUGUGGCUUUGAACCUCAUUACAACAAACAGUCGCCGUAUCACAUGUGUAACAUGCACAGAUGUUGGGAGUCCUGUGCUUGUGUUCCAGUGCAUGCAUCGCCAUGUCAUUUGCCUUGACUGUUUCCAUUUGUACUGCGUGACUAUGCUGAAUGAUCGUCAAUUCAUCCAUGAUCCUGAGCUUGGUUAUUCACUCCCUUGCGUAGCUGGCUGUCCAGACUCCUUGAUUAAAGAGCUUCAUCACUUCAGGAUUCUGGGAGAAGAGCAGUACAACCGCUACCAGCGCUACGGUGCCGAGGAGUGCGUGCUGCAGAUGGGAGGAGUGCUGUGCCCAACUCCCGGCUGUGGAGCAGGCUUGCUUCCAGAACCAGGAGGGAGGAAAAUUGUGUGUGAACCAAGCAAUGGACUAGGCUGUGGGUGCUCCUGUGAGGCCUUCGACAGGCUUCUUUGGUGUGAUUCCUCAAUGUUUGUGUUCUGCCGUGAAUGUAAAGAAGAGUACCAUGAAGGGGAAUGCAGCUCUCUCCUCGGCGCGCAGGGAGCUGUGGCCCAGAAGGGAUAUGUGGUUGAUGAACAUGCAGCCAUGCGAGCCCGAUGGGAAGAGGCAUCUAGAGAAACAAUCAAGAAAACAACCAAGCCAUGCCCCAGCUGCCAUAUUCCCGUAGAAAAAAAUGGUGGCUGCAUGCACAUGAAGUGUCCUCGCCCUCAGUGCAGGUUCGAGUGGUGCUGGAACUGCGGCCUGGAGUGGAAUAGAACCUGCAUGGGAGAUCACUGGUUCGACUAACGGCUCCGUGGCACUGAGGCCAGCCGGCAUUGUAGCUGCUGGAGUUUGCGCUCAUUGGGGUCAAAUUCUGAACUCCUUUCUUAAACAAAGCUCCCAGUGGUUUCAGGGACAAGGAGUUCAGAAGUAGGCCCCAGUUUGUUUGGUUUUGCUUUCUUGCAUAUGAAGUCAUACCAAAAUCACAUUGAAGUCAUGCUAAGAGUUUUAAAUCCACUAAGUAAAAAGAGUAAUUGUUUUUAUCACCAGAUUAGUUCACCAUGGUACAAAGAGGGUUAAAUUUCACUUUCUUGUACUUGUGCGUUCUCUCAGUACAGACAACAGUGUAACCGUGAGGAAAUUUGGCUGACAUUUAUAGUCAGGAAUCCAUAAUUCUUACAAGAUAGAGAAGCCUGCAGGGAUGUGUGUGUGUGUGUGUGUGUGUGUGUGUGUGUGUGUGUGUGUGUCAAGGUGGGGGGCAGGGUGGAGGUUCUUUGCAUUAACAACUCUUUCUCUGACCACUCUCUUUCUUAGUCAACAAUUUUUGGCUUUGAGAUAGUAUUUCUUAAUAAUUUUUUUUGCAGAGGGAAGACUGUGGUUCUUCAGUGUUUUCUCAGGGUUCCUUCCCAACAGGCUCUCUGUCAGGGUCUUGCUUUAAACCAAAUUGUCAUAGGAACAUCCAUCUUAAUGCCAUAUUUUUGCUUAUGUAUUUGUAAUAUGACACGAAUCUGCUUACGUAUUCAUUGCAGACUAUGUUAGUACUGCAAGAUUAGUUAAGGAUGCAGUUUCAGCUUUAACUGUGAAUGUUCUUGCCUUGAUAGCUGGGUGUGGUUAAGUGUUAUGCAAGCUAGACUCACAGGGUUUCAUUUUUCUUGUGCUUACAGCAAAACUUUGGACAUGGCAAGAACAGGGAGGAAGAGAGUUCUCAGGGGUUAUUUUCCCCAUCAUCAUUCUCAGAAACUGAAUUAAAAUAUGGAUAUAUUCCUGAAAAUAUAUUCACAGCUCAGACAAUGUGGGGCAGGGGGCUUCUUUAAUUUUACUAAGUUAACACAGUAAGACAAAACUUAGUAUCAUCUCCAAGCCUGAACAAUCUUACUGUUUCAUGGGCUUUACAUUGCUGUCUUACUCCAAAAUGAAACAGGUACUGUCCACGUCAAUGCAACACAUAACGAUUUGCACAACUCAUUUUUGAAGAAAAAAGGUACGAUAAAUAAAGUAGUCAAAAUUUUA